UUGUCUGUGCUCUGUUGUCCUCAGCCUGUUCCUUAAGUGCAAAGAAGGAGUACUGUCUCAGGAUCACAGCAAUUUAACAGGCGGUGUGGCCUCCCUCCUGCUCAGCUGGGGCUGAGACACCAGAGGAGGCAGAUGGACCCAGCUUGCUCCUGGCCACCGACCCUGCUGUUAAGCCCAGUGACGCCCUGCCCUCCAGGGAACUUACUACUGCCAUGGACCUGCCAGGACUGCCGUGGGCCACUUAUUCAGAGGAGGCAGACAACACCCGCUACUCUAGUUUAAGAUGCUGACAGUGGGCAGCGUUUUACUGCUUAUGGUAGCAGCAUCUGUUGCCAACAUAGGCAAGGAUCCUACCCUUGAUUUAGAUUGGGAACGCUGGAAGACAAUCUACCAAAAGCAGUACAGCAGUGAGGAGGAAGAGCUUUCCAGGCGCUUGAUCUGGGAAAAAACCCUGAAAAUCGUUACAGUUCAUAACUUGGAAGAGUCAAUGGGAAAGCAUUCAUACACAAUGGCCAUGAAUGGCUUUGCAGACAUGACAUCUGAGGAAGUAACGGCUACAAUGACAGGGCUCAGGGUAUCCGACUCAGAAAUGGAUAACCUUACAGUUGAUUGGCCUCAAGAAAGUAUUCAGGAUCAGGCCCCAGGCUGCAUAGAUUGGAGGAAGAGCGGUUAUGUCACCAAUGUAAAGAACCAGGGAUCUUGUGGUUCUUGUUGGGCUUUCAGUUCCGUGGGGGCCUUGGAAGGACAACUGAAGAAGAAAACAGGGCGUUUGGUGUCACUUAGUCCCCAGAACCUAGUAGACUGCUCCGGGAAAUAUGGCAACCAUGGUUGCAAUGGAGGCUCUAUGACUAGAGCUUUCAGAUAUGUUAUAAACAACCAUGGCAUUGACUCAGAAACGUCGUACCCAUAUGAAGGUCGGGACAAUAAUUGCCGUUAUAAAACUUCUGGACGGGCUGCCACCUGUGUCAGCUAUAAACAAAUACCUAAAGGAAGUGAAACUUAUCUUGAAAGAGCAGUGGCUUCAGUGGGACCAAUAUCUAUUGGUAUAGAUGCAAGUUUGAGAUCCUUCCAACAUUACCACAGUGGUGUGUACUAUGACUCAAAAUGCAGUUCUUCAAAUAUAAACCACGCUGUUCUUGUUGUGGGAUAUUGUGUGGACAAAGGUGUGCCAUACUGGCUCGUCAAAAACAGCUGGGGAACCAGUUGGGGUGAUCACGGUUAUAUCCGGAUGGCAAAAAACAGAGGCAACCUUUGUGGAAUAGCUUCAUUUGCCAGCUACCCACUGAUGUGAAAAAUCGACUUAAUCCUGGUGGGCAGGAAUGAAGAGUCAAACAUGCUUUAAAUUAAUUUUGUUCUGAGUUCCCCAAAACCCUGUAGCCUUCAAUAAGUCCUGUCUUGAAUCAUACAAAUUUGAUGGACCCCAAAGGAUCUGUUAAAUGCAAGAACAAAAAACUACUGUAAGAAUCACUGUUUGCUAUAAAAUUUCAUGAGUGCUAGCCCUCUCGGCAUAUUGCUUUCAUGUUCCCUAACCAGCCUGGAGCAGCAUAAAGAAAAUCAUCUACACCAACUACUUCAACCAACUAGUCACAUGAUAUUGGUUCUCCUUGUUUCAUUAAAAGAAGUUAAAAACAUAUUAGGAAAGCGUCUAAUAUUACUUUCCUAUGUGGGCAAUUGCUAUUAGAGUCACAAACA